CAUCACUCGAAUACAUCCUUUGCAGUCACCCCAACAAGAUGCGCCUCUCCACCACGCUGUGCACCCUCGCCGCCCUCCAAACGGCCCUGGCCACCUCUCUCCUCAGCUUCUCAGCCGCCAAAGGCGACGACCCUUCGGUCCUGGGCAUCCGCAAUCUCGAAGAGGCGCGCGACGAGAAGAUCUCCGACAACACCAACGACCUUUACAUCAAGCUGGGCACCGACCCCCACGGCACCCCGGCUCUCCACUACCACCGCAAGAAAGACUACAUCAGGGCGGAGUACCACGCCCUUCCCCACAAGCUCGAAGAAGGCAAGACGUACUACAUCGGCUACAAGUUCUCGCUCGGUGUGAUCGAGCAGAGUCUGAUGAUAUUUCAAUUCAAAGCCUACGCCGGCAACAACGCCCAGGACAAAGGCGCCAACAUCCCCCUCUCUCUCGAGUUCAAGAGCGGCCAGCUGCACCUUCAGUACCAGGCGGAUAACACGGCCAGUCGCGUCCCGCAGUGGUCUCGAACCGUGGACACGGACACCGUCUACUCGGUCGGACUCGUGAUUCAUACUGGUAAGCCUGGGUGGGUGGAGUUCUAUUUCGAUGGGGAGCAGCAGGGCUUUUCGACGGCCGGGGGUGCGACGAGAUUGACCGCGAAUACGUGGACUGGACGCACGGAGCCCAAGUUCGGGGCUUAUCGUGGUGAGGCGGUGCAGAUUGAUACCUAUGUGUAUGAGGUGCAGAUUGGGACGACAUUGGAGGAUAUUAAGGAGGCGGCGGGGAUGGCUUCUUGCUCCUGGGAGGGGCAUUGCACGGGUGCUACCUGCACGACGGAGAAUGAUUGCUCGGAUGACUUGGUGUGCACGAAUGGAAAGUGUGCGUCUUCCUAG